UGAUGGCAGGAAUGAAGCGACUGGAAGAUCCAAAUGAUUUGAUCCGGGGUAACACUACCAGGAGUGAUGAAGAGGGUCUCAACGUCUUCGUUCAGUCACUGGCUGUGACAUUUGAGUAUCACAGGUCAGUGGAGUACCGCUUUAAAAGGAGACCCGCGCCUCCCCAGUGCACCUCCAAACGGCCGAAGAGCUCCAAACAGACCACUCCGGGUGGUCGCCUGCCAGAGGGGGGAGCUGUGAAUCAGCCGCUGGGAAGUUCUAAACCUGGCACGCCCAUCACCCAAGCUGAAGCUGACUCAGACCAUUGGCAAGAGUGGGACCUGAUAGAUCUCAUUGACAGCACGUCUGACGCCGAGGGGGCCGCGGAGACGGCAGGUUGUCACGCCGCAGGUCGGUCACGGGAAGUCUGUGGCUCAGCGGGCUGCGGCGGAGCGUCUGGGUCGGUCUUCCAUCCUCCAGACGCCGCUCAGAAAGCUAAACCUGUCCAGAAUCUGUGCCCAGCGUGUUGUCGGCGUUAUCGGACCGUAAGGAGACGCCGAGCGCCCAUCAAGGACAAACUCCUGGACAACGAUCCCACUUCCCUGACAUGUGACCAGUGGCUGCUGAUCAAAAAACGGCGGCCCGGAAAGCCGACCCCCUUCAGUCUGAGGCGUGAGCGUGGAGACGCACGGCUCGUCCCGCCGGGCAGAGAGCGCCGCGCGGGCGCAGCCGAACACGUGACCUGCUCAAGGCCGCACGUCUUCCUGCAGAGGAACCUCAGACGGUGCUCCAGACUGUUAGCAAAGAGGGGAGGGGCUUCCCCAGCGGUUGUUGCUCGUCAGCACCAGAUGGACCGCCAGAGCCUGAACGUCUGGUAGGACACGCUCUGGAAAAGGCUCUACAUGUUCUUCAGAUUGUUCUGCUCCUGCAGCUCCACAUUGUUUUUAAUGUCAUCUGUUGACUUCAUACAUUUCAUUUAAAUUAUUAACAUAUGAAAAAUAUAUGAAUUCAAAUGUUGUUGGCUGUAUUUCAGUUCCAUAUAAAGUUUGUUAAUAACUGCUA